GGGAGGGGGUAGUGGGGGGGUUGGUCUGGAUGCCAAGGUUGCUGGAAGGAUGGACUUUCUGCUCCACCUCUCUCUCUCUCUCUCUCUCACUCUCGUUUAAAUGCUUAACGUUUAUCACCUGGGGCGGUGCAGUCAGUCCGACCAAUGCGAUGGGUUAUUGCAAGAGCCCGAUCUGCCGAGGAAUGAAUAAUGAUCUGAAAGGAGAAUCUCUCGGUGUAAAUGUGCCGAAGCGGUUCUUAAAUCCGUUGCUGUAGUUAAGACACACAAUCUGCAGAGAUUUGUUAUGGACAAGUCUGAAAGCGAAAUGGACAUAGUUGACAGAAACGCACCGAAAUCUAAGAAGUCAUUGAGCCCCUGGUCCUCUCUGGAGAUUGGAUUGACUGCUAUCAUAAUCCUCCUGCUCAUUGUGGUGGUUACUUUAAUUGCUUUGUAUGCAACAAGCAAAGAUGAUGUUUGUCAGACCCCAAUGUGCAUCUCAGCAGCUGCUCGUAUACUUGAGAGUUUGGAUUCCAGGGUGGACCCUUGUGAGAACUUUUACCAGUACGCAUGUGGAGGGUGGCUGAAGAAAUACAUCAUCCCAGAGACCAAGUCCCAUUACAGCACCUUUCACGUUCUCAGAGGCGAACUGGAGGUGGUGUUGAAAGACGUGCUCGAGAUGCCAGACAAUGGAGAACCUGAAGCCAUCCGGAAAGCCAAAACACUGUACAAAUCGUGCACCAAUCAAACUGCCAUUGAAAGUAAAGGUGGAGAACCAUUGUUGGCCUUGCUUGAAGAUGUAUUUGACUGGCCCGUAGCCUCCGACGACUGGGAUACGAAACACGGUGGCAACUGGACGUUUGAGAAAGCUAUCGGGAAGCUGAACAGGAAGUACGGCAAACGGUAUUUAGUGGACGUUUUUGUUGGAACAGACGACAAAAACUCGAAUGCGUAUAUUCUUCACAUCGAUCAACCGUCUCUGGGUCUGCCUUCCCAGGACUAUUAUGUGUGCACGGGUGUCUAUGAGCAGGCUUGCAAAGCGUACCUUGCGUUCAUGAUCAAAGUUGUCAAGCAGGUUCGCAAGGACAGAGGCUUAAAUGCAAGCGAAUCAGUAAUCAAAGCUGAAAUGAUUCGAGUGAUGGAUCUGGAGAAAGAAAUUGCCAAUGCCAAAACCAGAGAAGAGGACAGAAACGACCCCAAUAAACUGUACCACAAGAUGUCUCUGUCAACAGUCAGCAGCAACCUCUCCCUGGAAAUUAAUGGCAAGCCAUUUGACUGGAGAGGUUUCAUUAAUGAAAUCAUGUCUGCGGUGCCCUUGGAGGUGUCCAUGGAAGAACCAGUGGUUGUGUACGCACCAGAAUAUUUUGUGAAACUAGCACCAGUGCUCAAAAAAUACACACCCAGAGAAAUUCACAACUACGUGAUUUGGCGCCAAGUCAUGGGCUUCAUAAAUAGCCUGAGUUCAGCCUACAGGGAAACCAGAGUUGCUUACCGCAAGGCACUUUAUGGAACAACGUCAGAGAGUGCAGUGUGGCGAUCUUGUGUCAAUUAUGUCAACAACAACAUGGACAAGGCAGUGGGGAGACUCUACGUGGAGCAAACAUUUAGUGCGGAGAGUAAAGAUAUGGUGGAAGAGAUUAUAGAACAGAUUCGCCAAGUCUUCAUUCAGACCCUGGGUGACCUCAGCUGGAUGGACCAGGAAACCAAAGACAGAGCAGCGGAAAAGGCCCGGGGUAUAAACCCGAGAGUUGGAUAUCCCACUUUCCUCAAAGAUGAUGAUAAACUGAAUGCUGAGUACAAAGACCUGGAUUUCAAGGAGGACGAAUAUUUUGAGAACAUACUCAAACAAUUGCUGUUUGUACAGAGGAAGAAUUUGAAAGAACUUCGAAAGAAGGUAGACAAAGAAAAGUGGCUGUCUGGCGUCGCUGUUAUAAAUGCUUUCUACUCCACAAACAGAAAUCAAAUAGUUUUCCCAGCAGGAAUUCUUCAGCCGCCCUUCUUUGGAAAAGGACAGACUGCACCCUUAAACUUUGGUGCCAUUGGCAUGGUGAUUGGCCACGAAAUCACACACGGCUUUGAUAACAAUGGUCGUAACUUUGACAUGGAAGGAAACCUGUUUAAGUGGUGGAGUGGCCAGUCUGCCAAGAAGUUCAACGAGCUGUCACGGUGCAUGGUGUCCAAGUACAGCAACUUUUCCUGGGAUCUGGCAAACGGUCAGAUGCUGAGUGGAAUCAAUACUCUGGGAGAGAACAUUGCAGAUAAUGGCGGCAUCAGACAAGCCUACAAGGCUUAUCAAAGCUACAUAAAGAAGAAUGGGAUAGACAGUUUACUGCCUGGGCUCUCGCUGAACCACGAGCAGCUUUUCUUCGUGAACUUCGCACAGGUGUGGUGUGGGACAUACCGGCCAGAAUACGCCCUCAACACUAUCAAAACAGACAUGCAUAGUCCUGGCAACUUCAGAGUUAUAGGUUCCCUGCAGAAUUUUGAGGCGUUCAGCAAUGCCUUUCACUGCCAGAAGAACGCAAAUAUGAAUCCGCAAAAGAAGUGUCGGGUUUGGUAGCUGGGGUGCCAGCCCCGAGUGUGGCGCUCUCAGGCUCAUCACCGGCCGGACUUUGGGAGUGAUUGGCACAUCCAUCUGCUGGGAUGUUACUUUCUGAUGAGAAUGAUCCACAUUUGCCAAACCUCUGAGAUCAGUCAAUGCCAAGGGCUGCCCCACCUGCAGUUUCUCUGCUAAACUGGAUUUGGAGCACGUCAGUUUGUGACGGUACCAUAAACACUGCCAAUCACCACACUACUCGGUGUGUUCAACCCUGUAACUGCCAGAACUGACUGAGUGUGUGAGAGAGUGCGAGAGUGUGUAUGCAGGAGUGUUUGCGUGUGUGUGAGAGAUGUUAGUGUGCGUGUGUGUGAAUGUGAGAGUGUGACCAUGACAGAUUGUGUGUGUCGAGUGUGUGAUAAAAUAAGUGACAAAAUGAGUGAACGUGAGAAAUUGUGUGUGUAUGUGAAUGAGUGUGUUUGUGCAUGCAGAGUGCCUGCCUGUAUGUUUGUGCUUUGUGCAUGCAUGAAAGUGUAUGUGUGUGUGUAUAUGUGAGUGUGUGGUGUGUGCACGUGCAUGCCUGAGUGUGUGUUUGUUAAGGCCCUCACCUGCUCGCCACUGCCCCCCACCACCCCCCCGGCCUGCCCGCGCCUCUGUCUGCUCCCUCACCUAUCCAUGCCAGCACUGCUAUUCUAUCUUUGCAGAUCUGCUAUGAGAGGUGAGCGAACAGUGAAUAUCAACCCGUUUGUGGAUAACGCAAACGAACAUUGUAACUGCAUAAAAAUUCACAAAGCCACUGAAACUUGCCGCUGAUUGACGAAUUUCAUUGUCUCCGACACUGACCACGAUGACGGGUAAUCACAAGAAACAAUGACUGACACAGAUUCCUGGUGGCAAGCUGACCACGGCUCCUCAUUGAGGUGUUAGUCUAACGUACGUGGCUCUAAUAUAUACCAAAGAAUUUCAUAUCAAUCGUAACUACUGAGUGUGUUAGGCUCUGCACAGUCGCUUUGCUAAUCAGUGAGGAAUUCCCUCUAGCUCAUGGCUAAUUGUAACAGUUGUUCCAUCAGCCCGAAUCUGCAUCUUCCCUUGUAGAAUCUUACAGCACAGAAGGAGACCAUUCAACCCAUCUUGCCUGUGCUGGCUCUUUGGAACAGCUAGCAAUUCUUACCCCAUAGCCCUGCAAAAACAAAAAGAUGUUUAAUUUUUUUCCCCUUUUUAAGUACCUAUCCAAUUCCCUUUUGAAAGCUAUUAUCAGUCUGCUUCCAUCAUCCUUUCAGGAAGUGCAUUCCAGACCAUAAAUUUCUCUGGUUCUUUUGCCAAUUAUCUUAAAUUUUCCCCUGUUUUUUUUAAAAAAACGGUCUGUUGCCUCCCAAUCCACAGGCUAACGGAUAUCAUUAAACUAAGGAAUUUUAAAUGGGUAGCUCGAACCUAUCAUAGUGUUAGACACAAUUUGAACGAAAGCGCAAAUGGAAUUAUUUUUCAUUGGUCAGCACAAACAAUGGCCAAAUAUCAUACCGCACAAAUGACAACAAAAAUUAGGCAUCCAACCAAAGCCAUUUAUUCACGCACAGUACAACAAAAACAGGGCCAAAUUGACGACAUUGUUAACUGCCCCCGACGACAGGAGGUUUCUGUCUGAGCUAGAAGGAAUUCAACACAAUAGGGUCAGUUCUUUCCCUGCCUUACAAUGGGUGCAAAGUUUAUAAGUAUAUUCUGGUAGGUAAUCUGUGUUAACUCUUUAACCCCCUGAGGUGUAUAGGAGCACAUCUUCCACAAACAGGCAAAGGUGGAGUUCCACGGGGGAGGGGAUUAAGAUAGAGAUUGGGAGUGAGCCCCCGGCCUGAUUUCUCACCUUCCCCCUUUCUAAAACAGGAGCUGAGGCCGGUUAUAUUGCUGCUUUCUCUGUGAUUUGUUAGGUCAGGGUAUUAAGGGAUACUGGGCAAGGCCGGGUAAUUGGACUUGAGGUACAGAUCAGCUUAUAGAAUGGCGGAACAGGCUCAAGGGGCUGAAUGCCCCACGCCUGUUUCUACAUUUCUUGAGAUCAGUACUCGAAACAAUUUACAUUUAUAUAGUCUUUUAUGUCAAGAGGAUGUAAAGUGCUUCACACAGUUGACUGCGCAACUGAGUUUUGGGGAGGGGGGGAAGCUGAGGAGGGAUGGGGUGUUGGAGAGGACCGCAGUAGCGGUCGUAGAGAAUGAUAUUAGCAAGGGGAGGGAAGGAUGGAGAGAGCGAGAUUAAGGCAUAGAGUUCUAGAGAGCGGGGACAGAAUGGCUGAAAACCCCAUCUGUUGACGGUGGAGCGAGGAGCAUGAAACGGGCUCACUGAGCGGAGGGAAUGGUCGGAGUGGUAAGGCUGCAGGAGAUCGCUGUGAUUGGGAUAAACCCUAUCCCUGCUGUCUACGGAUCUCGGGGCUCCACUUAUGUGUAAACGAGCAUGUUAGGUUUAGAAAAAGGUGCUUUCAAUCAAGGGAGCUAACAAGAGCUGGACUCCAAUCAGGGUAGUUUGAAGUUCCAGCCCUAAGUGCUAAUUGGACACCAGCAACCUGCUAAUAAAUGAGCGGCGGUGUGGGAGAGUUUGGAGAAGAUGGAUAUAAAAGGCAAUAGCUUCCUUAGCAAAACAAAACCAAUCUUUUUGCUGUUAAAAAUCUUGGCGCAAGUUUUAUUUUCCAGGCGCGACCCACGGCCUCCUAUGUACGGUUUGAGAAGUGGGAUCGCCUUCAGCUGCGCACAAGCAACUUUAGACCUGUGACUUGCACGUAGAAAGAAAAAAAAACACAAGCAAAAAUGGAACCCCAAUAUCCGUAGAAAACAGCGAGAGGAUUUAAUCCAGUCACCAAGGUAGGGAGGGGCAAACCCAGCACAGACCGAGUGACUGACCUCAGUGACUGACCAUCGUUCUGUCUGGCCCAGAGCUAUGGGGUGGGUUACUAGGUGGGGUUGGGCACUGGUUUAUAAUGGUGAACCCUUCUUUAGGGUCACUCUAGAGGGGCUGGGUGGGAGUGUGAGCUCCAUCCAUCACAUCUGCAGGGUUAAAGAGUUAAACGAGAUCUGGAAAGGCUAUACAUAAGUAUUUGAUAUGUCCACGGUAUGUACGAUACCCUAGGUUUAUUUAGUUUUUGUCAAGUUAUCUCUGAUUGAAAUGUUUUGAACUAAACUAAAAAUGACUUUCUGUAACCUUUGUUUACCAAAUCAAUAAAACCUUAAACCUCA